CUUUUGACAACAGAUGGUGCUAAUUGGUUUUGUAUUUUUCCCACAUGGCUACAGGGAUUGUUGCCACUAGGCUACUCUCUUUCGGCAAUUUUAAUGUUUAAAUAACGUGGUUAAAAUCAUGGCACGUUGCUUUCAGAAGGAUAAUGAUAGAUGCAGUAAAGGAACAUGUCUGUAUGAAUCACAAGCACGGUCACAUAAAAAUGACAAGUUGGAUAAUACAUGUUAUACUCUCAAAUAGUAAACGUAAAUACAUCAAAACAUGCAUCAAUCACAUGUUACGUUUUGUUGCAGUAAAACGGGGAUGUUUCUUUCUCACUUCUUAUCUUACAGUUGACUUCCUUUGACAGACUUAGCCCCGAGCUCGAAACGCCCACAGCUUGUGACAGGCUGCGUGCAUGCGCGCAGAAAACACACAGGCGCGAGGCAAUCACCGUCCUGUCGCAAACAUGGCGAGGUUAAGCGAGCAUGGAAUUCGGCUGAGUUCGAUGAGUCCUUCCUUCCUGAACAGCAACUCUACUAGUCACACCUGGCCCUUCAGCGCGGUUGCAGAGUUAAUAGACAAUGCUUCCGAUCCUGGGGUAUCCGCUAAACAGAUCUGGAUAGAUGUAAUUAAAAGAGAGGAUCACCUGUGUUUAACCUUCACUGAUAAUGGUAGUGGCAUGACCCCAAACAAACUGCACAAGAUGCUUAGCUUUGGUUUUACAGAGAAGGGUUCGGGGAAGGCCAGUCAUCAGGCCAUCGGUGUGUAUGGGAACGGUUUCAAGUCCGGCUCAAUGCGUCUAGGCCGCGACGCUCUCAUUUUCACCAAGAACGGCGGCUGCCAGUCGUUGGGAAUGCUGUCUCAGACCUACCUGGAAAACAUCAAGGCCCAGGCCGUCAUUGUCCCCAUCGUCCCCUUCAACCAACAAACCAAGUCUCUCGUGGUGACUGAGGACUCGGAGGCCAGCCUGGCAGCCAUCCUCACACACUCCAUUGUCACCACCCAGGAGCAGAUACAUGAACACUUUGACUCCAUUCAAUCCAAAAAAGGCACCAAGAUAUUAAUCUGGAACAUCCGCAGAGGCAAAGAUGGCAAGACACAGAUUGACUUUGAGAGCGAUUUGACGGACUUCCGUUUGCCCGAGAUUGAUAUCACGGAGCUGAAGAAGGGUGUGAGGAACAGCAGCUCCCUGAAAGCUGAACACAACAUCCCUGACAUGCACUACAGUCUCAGGGCCUACCUCAGUAUCCUGUACUUGAAGCCCAGGACACAGAUCUUACUGAGGGGGAAGAAGAUUCUGGCUAAGCUUGUGUCGAAGAGGCUGAAAUUGAUCGAGCAUGACGUGUACAAACCCCAAUUCAGUAAAGAGAAGGUGAAGGUGACAUUUGGUCUGGACCCGAAAGACAAAGAGCACUGUGGCAUCAUGAUGUACCACAGGAACCGACUCAUUAAAGCCUACGAGAAAGUGGGCUGCCAGCUGAAGGCUUCAGGUCAAAGGGCAGGAGUCGGGGUCAUCGGUGUCAUUGAGUGUAAUUUCCUCAAACCUGCUCACAACAAGCAAGACUUUGAAUACACCAAAGAAUACAGACUCACCCUUGGUGCUUUGGGCCUAAAACUGAACGACUACUGGAAAGAGGUGACGGAGAAGAAAGCCAGAGAGCGAGAGUAUCAGGCUGUGGAAAGAAAUGAAAAUGAAGAUGAGCAUGACACUGACGAGGGUCCCAUAUGGUUACAGUGUGAAGAGUGCCUGAAGUGGCGAAGCGUCCAGGCAAGUCAUUACAACACGGUUCCUGAUAGCUGGAACUGCAGCCAGAACCCCAACCCACGCUACAGAAGCUGCUCUACACCAGAAGAAGCAGAAGACAGCGAAGAGUUGUUAACACCCAGCUACCAGAAGACUCACAAGAAACAAGAUCAUCCAAAAAAGAGGAAACGAGAAAAAUCAUUGGAGGUCUCUGAGUGUCAGGACCAAUCGAGUCUACAUCAAAUCCUCUCACGCUGUUCAUCAGAGCCGAGCCAGCCCACCUUCCAGUCCACACACACACCUGAUCACAUUAGAGCAGCAGGCCAACGCCACACAGAGGAAAACCCAGCAGAGCGAGAUCAGACGAGCUCAGAUCACCAGGCGGAUUGUUAUACAGACACACACGUACAUGACGAUGCACAGACACAAAGCACAGUCAUACAACACAGGCCUGAUGGAAGAGGCACAGUUAUUAAAGACAAGACACAACUCACACAAAAUCAGAUGCAUGAUCGCAGGCUUGGAGAUAAAGAGAGACACAGGAACAUGGACGAAAAAGAAGAGGAGCACACAUUAAGCUUCAAAGGGAAACCAGGAUCAUUAUAUUACUCUGUAAAAAAGAAGCCAUGUCUUAUGAAGAAGCAUCAGCCUGAUUCAGAAGACGUGAGCGCAAAGUUGAAUCCUGUACAACAAACACAAAGAAUUGAGACACUGUCCUUAGAGAAGACGAAGGACAGUAGCAGCCGAGUAGAGAAACCAUCUGACGCAGCACAGCGAAUCCCCACCAGCCUCACCUGGACCUCCGCACUCCCCUUUGCUCAGACCGUCAUGGUAUCUCCUCUGAGUCGAACCGAAGGCCCUUGGAGCAGACCCCUGCCUUCAGAAGGGAGUGACCGGGAAACUCACCUGCAGAAGCUGACUUUGUUAGAGAAAGAGGCCCAGAGGGUGCGCAGGCUUCUCGGUCUGGAAAUCACAAAGAAAACUCAAGGCACGAUGACGACUCACUCUGAAUCCACAGCAAGCCGUGAAGUCAGCUGCCAGACGGACGUGGCUGAGAGCUCUACUUCAUCCAGAAACGCAGCCCCGGAUCCAGGACAUCAGGGGCUGGUCUUCGCUGGUCAGAGAUCUGUGUGUGGGCCGAAAGAACAGCCUGAGCACAACAUACCAAAGAAGGACAAGACGGUACCUCCUGGCAGGAUGAGAGUCGGCGACAGCGAGGCCUUUGAAGACAACAGAUCUUCACUGGAGAAUCUGCGUGGCAUCCGUAACAACGUGGUGGUGCUACUCACAGCCCUCCUGCCCCAACUGGACCUGGCUGGCAUCAGCCUGGAGACCUGCGACGUGGACAACAUCCUGCAACAGAUCAUAGAAGUCAACUCGCUGAAACUAUGAUCAAAUUUUUGAUAGCAGAGAAUGUUUUCACUUAAUUUUUAUGUAAAGUUUGGCUUUAAUUCAUAGACUUAGUGUUUAUGGUUAAAAUACAUACAAUUGUGUUGCUUGCACACAUAGCGCUAGUUUUAUUUGGUCAUAUGCAGUGUUGCCACAGUUACCUUGAAAAAGUAGUCUGAUUAGUGAUUACUUCUUUAAAAAGUAACUUAGUUACUUUACUGAUUACUUGAUUUUAAAAGUAGCUAAGUUAGAUUACAAGUUACUUUAUUAGUUACUUUCAGCAGCUGCCUCAACAUAAAAGUGAGUCCAACAUACUGCCCGACCACCUUCUUCAACUCUCCCCCACUUACUGGUUUUGUACCGAUGUCAAGCUUUUGUUGUGUGGGUGGUAGUUGACCUCCUGCUUUAGUCCCAGCCUGCUUCGCGCCACCUGGUGGGACUUGCUCUGUAAGUUUGACUGUGCCGUGCGUGCAUCCUUUUGAAUGUGUUUCUGUUGCUUGGUCAAUGUUGAACGUUAUUAUUAUUGAACUCAAAGCAAAUGGAUUGCCUCCAGAACGUUUUUUUCUGCCCCAUAUUUGUCAAAUUGGAGCCUUUUAAUUUAGUUCUGUUUAUACUAAAUAUUAUAAUAUUUAAAUACAUUUUGUACACAUGGAUUCAAGAUGAAGUCAUGCUUUUCUAGGUUUGUUCAAACAUCCAAAGGGACGUUUCACAUUUGCAUUAAAAAACUUAAACCA